AUGGGUUGGGAAGACAUCGCCGCGGACAAAAAGGCGCGUAUCGACAAGUCAAUUCCGGAUGAAUGGAGGAUCAACGUCAAGGAUCAGGAUGACUCAGUCAUGGAUAUGCCAGCGAAGAGCGGCAUCUUGUCUCCUGAAGAACUCGAAAUCACCAACUCGUCUGCAGUGGACUUGGUGGCGAAACUCGCCAGUGGCCAGUUGAAAUCGCUCGACGUGACUUUGGCCUUUUGUAAGCGAGCUGCCUUGGCGCAUCAGUUGCUCAACUGUGCAUUGGAAUUCUUCCCCGAGCUCGCCCUCACUCAAGCCAAAGAACUCGACGCCUACUAUGAAAAAUACAAAAAGCCCGUUGGGCCACUGCAUGGUCUCCCAAUAUCGCUCAAAGACCAGUUCCGAAUCAAAGACCUAGAAACGUCGAUGGGCUACGUAGCCUGGAUCGGGAAAUAUGACGAGGAAGAUUCGGUUUUGGUGGCCUUGCUCCGCAAGGCUGGCGCAGUCUUCUACGUGAAGACCAGUGUUCCCCAGAGCUUGAUGGUUUGUGAGACGGUCAACAACAUCAUCGGCCGAACGGUGAACCCAAGGAACAAGAACUGGUCUUGUGGAGGUAGCUCCGGCGGUGAGGGUGCUAUAGUCGGAUUCAGGGGUGGAAUCAUUGGCGUGGGAACGGAUAUUGGUGGCUCUAUCCGCGUGCCCUCCGCCUUCAACUUUCUGUAUGGUCUUCGGCCAAGCCACGGUCGAAUGCCAUACGCGAAGAUGGCCAACAGCAUGGAAGGACAAGAGACUGUCCAUAGCGUCUGUGGUCCCAUCUGUCAUUCCGUUCCCGACAUGAGACUUUUCAUCACCUCCGUCCUCAACGAGGAGCCCUGGAAAUACGAUUCCAAGGUCAUUCCCUUACCAUGGAGACGAUCCGAAGAGGACAUUAUCACAUCGAAAUUGAAGUCUGGAGGCUUAACGCUUGGCUUCUACGACAGUGACGGCAACAAGAGUCACCAGUUCCUAAACCGGACACUAACGAAUGAUGUUGACUUUCAGGUCACUCCUCACCCUCCCAUUCUCCGCGGCAUCGAGACUGUAGUUUCCACGCUCAAGAAGAACGGCCAUAAGGUCGUCCCUUGGGAGCCGUACAAGCACGAUUUCGCCGUUGACCUUAUCAACGGGAUAUACGCCUCUGAUGGCGGCACAGAUGUCUUCUCCACCCUCGCCACCUCCGGCGAACCGGCGAUUCCCAACUUCAAAGACCUGAUCAACCCCUCGCUUCCCUCAGUCGACAUCAAUGAGCUCUGGUCCGUGCAACUCCAAAAAUGGGCUUAUCAAACUUCCUACCUCGAACAAUGGCGUCUCCGCGAAUCCGAAGUCGGUAAGGAAAUUGACGCUUUCAUCGCGCCCAUCACCCCGACGGCAGCAGUGAGACACAACCAGUUCAAAUACUACGGGUACGCAAGUGCAAUUAACUUGUUGGAUUGGACAAGUGUGGUUGUGCCGGUGACGUUUGCGGAUAAGACCCUAGAUAAGAAGAAAGAAGGGUAUGAGGCGCUGAACGAGUUGGACGGGGCGGUCCAGGCCGAAUAUGAUCCGGAAGCAUAUCAUGGCGCACCGGUCGCUGUUCAGAUCGUUGGAAGGAGACUGACGGAAGAGAGAACAAUGGCGAUUGCGCAAGAGAUCGGAAGGUUGUUGGGUAAUGAGAUCACUCCCUGA